GGUGUUUUGCGUUGUAUGAUCCAAUGUUCUUUGUAUAUUAUUUCCGGCCCUAGGACCUUCAGCCCGUUACGAGUUUCUAACGAUGCUUUAGUAACCUUCGCUACUAUUACUGCUGAUUUUCUUCUGAGCGAUGUGCUCUGACAACCAUAAAAAUGCCUAGUUACCAACCGCACAUCGAUCAAGAGAUACAUUUUCCCCUUAGACAAUGUCAACACCAUUCAUAUGCCGCCAAUGCAUAGCACGUCUUACACAAUCUUACAUUGGCCAUCUUAGACUGAAGCGUUCUCAAUUACAUACCCAAGCAUUGCCAUCGUCGUUACCGCAAUCACAAUGGGCUUCGUCACCGCAAAGACCGGAAUCCUUCGUCAGACGUGAUGUUACAAAUCACUCUCUACCUCAACCGCCCACAUCACAUCCAGGCCCAUUCGUAUCGCAAAUACCUGGAUAUAAACCAGGCAGGAUCCUAGAACCUUCUCGGCGACGCGUCGAAACGGCAAAGCGUGCUCACCUACAUAGACCUACCACUUUGCGACGCCUAAAAUGGAAAGUACUAAAGUCUCGUGGGAACUAUAUGUUCAUUCGUGAUGACGUUGCGCACCUUUUUGGGUUAACGAAUUAUAACGCUCGUCAUGCGGUCAAUCAGCUAGGACGGUUAAUUGGUGGGCGGCCCUCCGGAGAAGAGGCGGGCGAAGAACUUGACAGGUAUCAUGACUGGAAAAGAAAUCUCCCCGGAUUAUUGAAGGCUGUCAAGAACUCGCAGUCCACGCCCGAUAAUGGAGAGGGUUUGAUCCAGACCAAUGUGGAGAUCGAUGCUACGGAGCAAUCCUGGGAGACAGCCAGGGGUGUGUGGAGCGAGCUCAGCAACGGAAGACGCCAGGCUAUAUGGCGAGACUACAUAGCCUCCAUGUUUCGUUCAAACCCGAGUCAGGUGCCAAGUUUUAUUCAGAAGACCUUCCGGCCCGAAUGGUGUCCAUGCUAUAUCGUGGAGGAUUCAGUAUAUCUCCUUCUGCGGAGUUUGGAAGGCAUCAGAGGUGGUAAAGAAAGAGGCAAACAAGUCGUAGACCUCGUCUUCUUCUUACUUCAGAGCUCACCCCCUCAUUAUUUACUUCUAGACCAAUGGGCGAUCUGGAAGGCGAUAUCUUUGAUACCCACGUCCAGGUUGUUUGAGUUCUACCAGGCUAUGAGAAAGCUUGAACAUCCGCUUAGCAAGUAUACGUUAUUGCAUUUUGCAAGUCGUCUGGCCGUCAAAUCUAAAUACAAAGCGCAGGCCACCGAUAUUCUACGUUACCUCUCGACCAUACCUGGCUUCGAUAUCAAUACGCCGGCAGCUUCUAGCGUCUGUACCACGCUCUUCACAAUGAAGGAGGGCGACGUGGCUGCGGAUGAUCACCCCGCGCCAGAUGAGUUAUUCAAGGCGCUUCUUGACGUUGGGUUUCGUCCAAGUCUAUUGGGCCUAUCCGCGCUCAUGCGGAAUUUCUGCCUUCGCGGACGGGUCGACGUCGCAUGGAGGGUAUUCAACAGUUUGCUCGAAGCUGGCAUCGAACCGGAUGCCCAUGUGUUUUCAAUACUUCUUAACGGCGCAAAAAAACAAUUGGAUGGGGAAUAUGUUCAACGUGACGUCGACAUGAUCGAGGCUACAGACGGUUGGACCCCGGUCCUUCUGAAUGAUCUUUUAGAUUAUAUAUACCAACUCGCCGAGUCGCAAGGUGAAAAAAGACGAGAUCAACGCAAAAGACUUGGCGUAAAGGCAUGGCGGCUCAUGGUCCAGCUGUAUUCAAAGUUCUUUCACCGUGCUCCAUUGCAAAAGCUCACUGGUUUCCCGCUGGAGGAUCUUGAUCGGGCUCUGGACAAAAUACCACCCCAACACUUACUGGAAGUUAGUCAGAUGGUUGCCAAUUUGCGACAACGCCCGGAUGACUUGCUCAUGCAGCCAGACAGCAUCACUCUUGAAAUAAUGAUCAAGGCCCAUUUUCGAUCUAUCGAGGAACCGGCCGCCUUACAGAUAUAUUACAAGCGCUUCAUGUCAUUCUUUGCCUGGGGCGACCCGGUUUUAACAAACCUCAUCAAGGACCGAGGAAAUGUGGUUCAUGACAUUUUUCUGCGAGAUCUGUUGCAAUUCAAAGAGACAUUCAGCGAAGGGGUUGAAAUGGUUCGACGAAGGGUUAGAUAUGCAUAUGCGGAAAGAAAAGAACGUGGAGAAAACAUAUUCCACCCACCGCCGUCAGUCCACACCUACACGAUAUUAAUGAAUGGUUUCAGAAAUCACAAGAAUUAUGAAGGAGUAGUCAGGACACUCGGCACGAUGAUCGAAGAGGGCAUCACACCCAAUAUCGUUACCUGGAAUACUGUGAUCGGGAGCUUACUUGAGACCGGGUCGAUCAGACGCGCGGUUAGGGUGAUAGAGCACCUAAAUCAGAUCGGUCUACAACCAGAUGAUCACACCAUAGAGGAAGUCACGCGCCUGUCAUUAGCAAAGAGGAGAGCAUUCGCCGAUUUCAUGGCAAAGGUGGAAGAAAAACCUCGCGAGUUAAACACCCGCAAAUUCGUGAAGUGGUUACUCAGGCUCUGGGAGAAGAAUUCGGAGAAAAAGAAGCUCAAAGAACCUAAUAUUUCCCAAAAGGACGCCCGCCUAAUAAACAGAUUCUACCAGCAGGUCGAGAGCGAAAACUUACGCUGGAACGCCGGUCAGCGCGAGGAAGAAGAUAAGCCUCAAGUCGGAGAGAAGCGCGAGGGUGGUGGUACAGACGUGGAUUUUAUCACGUCUGUGAGAAGGCAGGCUAAGGAGAAUAAGGCUAGUCGUCGAGAAUAAAAAGACGAGUGAACGGAAAGACGAGUUAAAUCUUCCUUGCAAUCUAGACCACAAAUACGCACAUAAAUAUAAAACGACUACUCCCCAACUGCAAGUUGAAUAGCACUCACUACGCCUCUCCGGGUAUAACCACACCAAGCUGCUUAGCAUCGCAACAUCUAUGUCCUCCAAAGCUGUCCCGAGGCGCACCGUCGAAUUACUAAAGAGUACCUAGGUAGUAAAGCUAAAGCUCACGUGAGUUUAAAAUACUGCCCGUAAGCCAUGUUUCUACACAACCCCCUGUCUAUCCCGAGAUUUCCAAUAUUAUGUAGUGAGCCAGACAAACCCAUGCUACUAGAACCUCCCACCCAAAUGGGCAGGUAAAAUACAAGUCUAGAACAACGGGGCCAAGCUCAGGCUACACGCAAGAAUAGGAUAAGCACUCCUCGCAUACCAAACCCCUGCGUGCGAGUUUCGCCUUACACAUUAGGUAAACAUCAGACACCGAACUGCCACGCACGGGAUAGAUAUCAGUAAUAGCACAGGCAAUGUGACACUACCCAGGCAAUAUGCUUACACGGUUCGUUAGCAAAUCAAAAACAUAAUAUUUAUACCUACC